AUGGGGAAAAACCGUCGCCAGUCUGCGUUGACCAAAUCAAUACAAACAGGCGUCUUGCGCGACCCUGCUCAACAAUUUCACAAGACUGCCUGGGGACGUCUCCUGGCGUUUUUCAGCUUAUUCAAAAUCAAGCUGGUCAGGCAUGACCAGGAGUUGUUCAGGACGCUCCGUCGAGAAAUCUGGCAAUUCGACGAAAAUGAAUAUCAAGAUAGCUUUCGCACGUCUGGUGGCCAACCACCGCUGAAAACAAUGGGCGACUUGGGAUAUUCGGGCUCGACCUUUUUUGGUACUCUUGAUGGGCGCUACGUGAUCAAGAGUAUACCUCGUCAUUUUGAAUACACAUUCUUCCAGUCAGAUCUGCUCGAGCCGUACUAUGACCACAUGCGCGACCAUCCUGAUUCGAUGCUCGUAUGGAUCACAGAUUACCUCAUUGCACCGUACUCAACACUCGGCACCGUCCUAUCCUGGACACCAGCACAUCAUAUCAUCAUGGAGAACAUUCUCUGCGGCAAAUCAGACGAUCUGGCCAGUAACAAGUGGGAGACUUAUGACCUGAAACCGCUCGAAUACUUCUACCCUGAGCGAGACCUGGUACCCGAGCCACUCGUCAGCGAGGAUACGUUGAACAGGUUGUCAGAUCACUUCGAGGACAAGCUUCACCUGUCAAGGGAGGAUUACAAUACGUUCAUACAAGCGAUGAAGACAGACACAAAGUUCCUGGAAGAUGCAAAUGCGGUGGACUACUCUAUGUUCCUGGUCAGGAUCCCAGCCAGCUCAACGCCGGAGUGUUUAGGGCGGAAGAGUCCGUGGCGAGCUGGUAUUCGGUCAGCGGAUGGAAAGUGGAAGUAUCGCGCCGUGAUACUUGACUUUUUUUGGGCGAAGCAUAAGCUUCAUGCUCAGGCGUUAUCGGGUGUAGUGCAAACGUUUAAUGUUGUAGGUCGUCAGGGGCACAUGUCGAUCACGACUACUUCGACGGAUUAUCGGGAGAAGUUCUUGGCGAUGGUGGAAGGAAUGAUUCAGAUACAUUGA